AUCUUUUACAUUCUCUUGUUCGUUGGUCUACUUUGUAUCUUCCUAUAUAUCUUUCUCCCCUCUUCUCUUUAUCUAUAAAUCACCUCUCCCUCUUCCCUCCUUCCCUUCAUCCCAAAAAAAUUGGAACACUUUCCUUCAAAAGAUAAUGGCACAAAAAAUGAGCGAAAACACGGAAAUCAAUAGCAUAAGCAGUGAAAAGAGUGGUGGUAACAACAAUAAUGAUAAUAAGCUUCCAAACUUCAAACAAUCAGUUAGAUUGAAGUACGUAAAGCUAGGUUACCAUUAUGUAAUCUCAAAUUUCUUAUAUCUAAUGUUAGUCCCUUUGAGUGUUACAGUCAUAAGUAGUGUACAUGUUUCAGUACAUUCGUUUCAAGGGUUGGUUCAAGUUUCACUAGACCUCGUCAAGUAUAACUUGGUCACUGUAUUUAUGUGUACGGCCUUGUUGGUAUUUCUCGGUACACUAUACUUCACGAGUCGGCCGAGGAAGGUAUACUUGGUUAACUUCGCUUGCUACAAGCCCGAUCCAUCUAGGAAAGUCACUAGAGAGAUUUUCAUGGAUAGGACGAUUAACGUUGGGGCUUUCACUCAAGAAAACAUAGAAUUUCAAAAGAAGAUUCUAGAAAGAUCGGGUUUAGGGCAAGAGACGUACUUCCCUGAGGCGUUGAUCCAAGUCCCGCCUAACCCGUGUAUGGCAGAGGCUCGAAAGGAGGCUGAGUUAGUCAUGUUUGGAGCCAUAGAUGAAUUGUUGGCUAAGACUAGGGUAAAGGCUAAGGACAUAGGAAUUUUGGUUGUGAAUUGUAGUUUGUUUAACCCAACACCGUCUUUGUCCGCAAUGAUUGUGAACCAUUACAAGCUUAGAGGCAAUGUUUUGAGCUACAAUCUUGGUGGUAUGGGUUGCAGUGCUGGUCUCAUUUCCAUUGAUCUUGCCAAAGAGCUCUUGCAGGUAGAAAGCAAUACCUAUGCAUUGGUGGUGAGCACAGAAAACAUAACACAAAAUUGGUAUUGGGGAAAUGAUCGAUCAAUGUUGUUAUCAAACUGCCUGUUCCGUAUGGGAGGAGCUGCCAUCCUACUAUCGAAUCGACCAUCUGACCGUCGUCGUUCCAAGUACCAACUAGUUCACACGGUCCGCACCCAUAAGGGUGCAGAAGACAAAAGUUACUCAUGUGUAUACCAAAAGGAAGACCAAAACAAAAAAGUGGGUGUCUCUCUCUCAAAAGACCUAAUGGCCGUAGCCGGGGAAGCCCUAAAGGCAAACAUAACAACCCUAGGACCAUUAGUUCUUCCAAUGUCCGAGCAACUAUUGUUUUUUAUUACAUUAGUCGCGAGGAAAGCAUUCAAAAUGAAAAUCAAGCCAUACAUUCCUGAUUUCAAGUUGGCCGUUGAGCAUUUUUGCAUUCAUGCUGGUGGAAGAGCGGUGUUAGAUGAGUUAGAGAAGAAUCUAGAGUUAUCGCCAUGGCAUAUGGAGCCGUCUAGGAUGACUCUUUAUAGGUUCGGUAACACAUCUAGUAGCUCAUUGUGGUAUGAAUUGGCUUACGCCGAAGCCAAAGGGAGGAUCAAAAGAGGUCAUAGGACUUGGCAAAUUGCAUUUGGGUCAGGAUUUAAGUGUAAUAGUGCGGUUUGGCAAGCAUUGAGGACCAUUAACCCAGCUAAGGAGCAGAGUCCUUGGAUUGAUGAGAUUCAUAAAUUCCCUGUUCAUGUUCCAAGAUUCACCCCUCUUAAUAUGUCCUAAUUAUUUUUAAUUUUUCUCUUUUUUGUUUUAGUAAAAGGAUAUAUAAAUAUUCGUUCCUUAGUAGUAAUACACAAGAAACUUUAACAGAUUUUUUUUCUUUGAGCCAUUUUAUAUAGUAAUUGAUUGUUGUAGUUAUCAAAGUCUAAAUUUAAGAUAAUUAAACCAUUUUCGUCUCUUCUAAUAA